AGAAGAUAAUUUAGCCAAUUGGAAUCUGGAUCGUGACUAGAAGGUUGAGGCAAAGAUGUCGGGCUGGGUGAGCGCGUGGCUGCAAGGCAAGAGCGAGGGCGACGAAGAGAGCAAGGAGGAGGGAUUCCAGACGGGUGGCAACACGCUCUCGGACGGAUCCGCACCUGCGACAGCCGACGAGAUCCGCCGCAAGCGGCUGCAGAAGCUGCAGGAGCAGCAACAAGCUGCUCAAGAAACAGUUUCUGCCAAUCAAAACACAGCAAGCCCGAAAGAUGACGUCAUUAUGUCCAAUCCGGAUGCUUCAUCUCCUCAGGUAGACAAGAAGCAGCGUGUCGAGGCUGUAACGCCCGCCCCAGCACCCGUAGCACCACUAAAGGAACCUAAAAAGCCCAAGAAGCAAGGACUAACCCCCGACGUUUACAUCAACGACAUGUUACAGCGUGUUCUACACGUAACUCUGUCUCCAGCCAAUAGCAGUGCUGAACUAUUGCUACUACCGCAGUUCUCAGCUCCAGACGAAGCCCAGGACACCCUAUUAUCACCUGCCAAUGCCAGUGAAGUUCUCUACUCUCGAGUCAUCAUGAACCCCACCGAUCUUCCAGGAGGAGCUCAACAUCCAUUGGCUGCUGUGGCCUAUCUGGAGCAGGUUUUUUAUCGCUGUCGGGACGAGACUCAGAAGCUGCAAUCCUCAUUUCUAAGACUCCCAGCAGACAAGAAGCAGGAGGCACAGGAGUGUCUGGACAGCAUCCGGGAGAUGUGUAUUAACUACAGUGCCACCGCGUUGACAGACCCAGAGAUCUUCCCGUUCGAAGCAGGGACGAUUAAUACCGAUGCAUUGGAGAAAAUUGUGAGAUUGCAGGCCAAUGCUCAGACACCGGAGUUUGUGGACGGUAUUGUGACGAUAUUGGAAGAAAAUGGCGCGACAUUGACGAUUUUUGGGCCGAUUUUCCAGAAAUUACUGUCCGAACUGUUCCUGAUCAACCCGCCGUCGCUCAUGUCGAAUUUCUACAACAACAUGUACAUUUUGACUGUGCUUUGUCGUAACAAAGCCUUGGCUACGGCGUUCACUCAGAUUCCAGGGUUCUUGUUGACUCCAGGUGCGCCGAUGACCGGUCGUCGGCUUCAGGAUGCCACUGCAUUGGGGAUUCUGCUACGUUUUAGCUGUAAUCAGGACCCCGUGAUCACUCAAAUGUUCACGAACAUCACGAAACGCACCAAGAACGACGUGGAGAACUCGAUUCUGACCAUUCGGAACAAGCUGGACAGUGUGCAGACCGCCGUGUCGGAUAUUUUCACGUUGUUAUUGAAGGCUGGAGGCUCUGCUCGUGAACAGGUGUUGGCAUGGCUGGAGCAGGCGAUGCAGUUGAAUGCUGAGCGUGCUAAGGAGAACCCGGACGUGAACAUCACGGCUACAAACGGUAUGUUUGUGAACCUGACGAUGGUUUUACUGAAGCUGUGUGGUCCAUUCCUAGUUCCGAACUCGAAGAAAGCUCAGCUGAUUAAGUCGGACUACUUGACGACGCAGAACCCGUUAUUCCCUUUCGACGAGACUAGGCUGGUAGGCUCUGGUGCGUCUCAGCAGGACGAUCGACAGACGUUGAGCUCUUCCGACUUCAACUUCAUCACGCGUUGCUAUUUCAUCACAGCUCGGGCGAUGCACCUUGGACCUGUAGGCAUGAUGGGCCAGUAUAUGCGUCUGCUUCGCCAACUCUCGUACUUCCAGAGUCGAAUGAAUGCACCGAACGCAGAUCCUCGUCUGAAGGCUCAUUUCGACCAGAUGGCCGCAGCAAAGAUGAUUAUGGACGCUGAGCUGCUACACCCGGACUUCUUGCACGAAAUGAUCCGCUUCUCGCUGCUCACGUGUGCUGUUGUUAACUCCAUUUGUACUGGAUGUAUUGUAUUCGACCAGAGCUCUCUCGAGUUACCAUUAUCUGCACCUGAUUCGAAGACAAACGCUGUCCUCAAGUACAUUCCAGAGCAUUUGGUCGAUGACUUGAGCUCUGUCCUAAAAUUUAUCGCGCGACUGCAACCCAAGGCGUUGAAUGCGUUCGAGUUGAAGGAGCUAUUGAGGAUGAUUCUCAUCUUCCUGUCCAGUCCGGGAUACGUACACAGUCCUCACUUACGAGCCAAGAUGAGCGAAGUUCUCUUCCACAUCUUCUUGCCGUCAGAGGAGUCAGAAGAGCGCGAAACUGCAGGAACUGCCUUCGGAGUGGAGCUUUUAAGAACGGACUCACUAGCACAGAGGCACCUUGCUCCGUGUCUAUUGGCAUUGUACGGAGAUGUGGAACACACUGGCUUCUAUGAGAAGCUAGAGCAUCGCUACAACAUUGCGUGUCUGCUCAAGUAUCUGUGGAAGUUGGAUGGCCAUAAACCAGCGUUCCUGCGUAUCUCUGAAGACCGAGAGAACUUUGUCAAGUUCGCCCAUGGACUGAUGAACCACAUUAACAGUCUGGUUACCGAUGCGCUUAUUGCGUUGCCGGAGAUUAAGGUGCUGCAAGAAGAGAUGCAGGAUGUUGCCAGGUGGAUGGCGCUGGAUGAAGCUGUGCGUGAACAGAAGCAGAGUUUGCUGUCUGACAAAGAGCGCACCGUCACGUCCAGUCUGCAAUUGGCCAACGAGACAAUCCACAUGAUGUCGUACUUGACGUCGGAGAUCCAGGAGCCUUUCGUUAAGAUGCCGGAGCUUGAAGACCGUCUGGUUUCUAUGUUGAACAGCGUGAUUGUCAAGCUGGCGGGACCUCGUGGUGUGGAGCUGAAGGUGAACAAUCCGGAACAGUACAAGUUCCGCCCCAAAGUUAUGCUCAAGGAGAUUGUGGAGACUUUGCUGCACUUCGCCCACUACCCGAGCUUCCUGGAGGCUGUGGCCACCAAUGGAUUCUAUGACGGCCCAGUAUUCCGCAAAUGUGCCCAUAUUGUGGCCCGUACUCAGUUGUUAGAACCAGGUGACGUCCAGAAGUUUGAGACGUUUGUUGUGGAGGUUGAGAAGGCUGCGGAGGGCGCUGCUAAUCUGGAAGAAACUCUGGGAGAUAUCCCUGAAGAAUUCCUGGACCCGUUGGUGUUCACGUUGAUGAAAGACCCGGUGUUGCUACCCAGUGGGUACACGAUGGACCGUUCGUGUAUUACACAGCACUUGAUGAAUGACCAGAGCGACCCGUUCACUCGCGUCCCUCUGACUAUGGAUCAAUUGCAGCCGAAUACGGAUCUCAAGACGAAGAUUGAGCUGUGGAUUCAAAAGCAGCAGCAGAAACAGGCCGCAAAGUAGAGCCAAGUUAGUACGACAAGUGCUGUCUCGAAUGUGCCAAUAACACCCAUUAGCUUUUUGAUCCUAAGGCAUUUGCGUAAAAGUGUUAGCUACAGUACGAGAAAUGACGUCAGCAUUCCCUCUUUUACCAGAAAAAAACAUGAGAAUUUAAUACUUCUACUACUUAAC